AGCAAGCCGGCUCAGCAGGAACAGACUGAAUCACGUGACUAACCAAUUGCUGAUAGGACACGUGUGUGGCGGCGUGACGUCACUUAGCAACGUGACGUCAUAGUCCUGGCAACGCACGCUGACAUCUCCCUCCUCAAGAGUCGAUCGAUCCACUUUUCUGAUAAACAUCUAGACGUAUGUACAGGAUCGGUAUGUUACCGUCGUCUGGUCACAACAAUGGUAAUGUCCGCCAAGACUGAAUUCUGGAUCUCUGUAAUCGGGCUCUCGGGGCGUGAGAACGGUGAAUCUUUUCAAGGUCCCGGGAAGAGCUGCCUAUGUGACAGGUUCAUGUUCCCCGACCGGCCCCCCAGCUUCGGGCAUACCUCCAUUAUUAGCCAGCAGGAUUUCCAUGGGCCGAUAGUGAACACUGAUCAGUUCCUAUACUGGGGUCGCACUAGGCGGACAGUGGACGGGAAGAUGGUGGAGUUCAACAUAAUUGAGCAAACUGAGUUUCUUGAUGACGUCACUUUUAGUCCUUUUAAUGCUCGGGACCCCUACAUGAAGCGAGCUACAUCAACCACGAUCAAUUCCUCCCGUAAAGUACAAUACCUCUCCCCCGAACAGCUACAAGAUCCCAAGUCUCAGAAAGCUCAGAGAUUUGCUAGUAGAAAACUGCACAUUGACGGAUUUUUAUGUGUCUAUGAUGUCAGUAAGGUAAACGACAGACAGGCAGGAACUCAGUAUAAGUUUGUAUUUGAACUGUUAGAUCUGAUAGAUGUGCCGGUAGUCCUAGUAGCUACUAAGUGUGAUAAGGGCAGAUCAAGACAUUUCGAGGAGAUGAUGUAUCUGGCAAAGAUCCAGAAAGUUCCCAUCGUUGAAACUAGUUCUCUGGAGAAUGUGAAUGUUGCUCAGGCCUUUUUUAGUCUUGUCAGGAUCUUCAAUAGGCAGGUGAUAGUCUCGAAAAAGCACAUCCAGUACUUCAAUCCUAAGGAGCUUGCCAAAGUUAGGAAGAAUAAGAAGGGGCGGAAGACGGAGAAGAUGGAGAAGAAGGCCAAAAAACAGAACACGAAAGAGAAGAAUGAAGUGAUAGAGGAUAUAAAGGAGUACAAGUCCCAGAGAAACGGGAGUGUCACCUCUAAAAAUGGCAGUGAGAUGUCGAAUGACUGGGUAUCAGCAGAGGUGAUGGUUCGGUCCAACCCUGAGUUCCCGACUCCCCGGGAUUCACCUCUUACAGACUCUCUUCUCAGUGACCCUCCUUACGAGCCCCCUUAUGAGCACAUUAACGGCGAUGAGGAAUCCUCCUCGCCCCCUGGUGGCACAGUAGCCCUCUACGAAAACUGUGUUAAAGAGUUCAGCAGUGCUGACAGCCGCACAUUCCACAGUCAGGACAGCAGUAAGUUUAGCAGUCACGACAACAGUGUGAAGGGGUUUAGGUCUGACAGUGCGGGCAGCAGAUCGAGUAGAUCUACCAAGGCUCAGUCACAGGACAGUGCAGGCAGUAGAUCACAUGACACUGAGUCAAGGGACUCGCAGCAUAGUAAGAGCUCCUCACUACAGAGCAAAACUAGCAGUGACGAGUACAUCCCCGUACCCAGGGCCCCUUACGAUCCUAGUGACAACUACGAGAAUGUCAGAUAUCAUCAGCGACCUUCCUCGGCUUCACAGCAGACAGCAUGCCCCUCGCCCACUUCCCACUCCUCCGACUCGGAGAGGGGGUUCCUUACCGGGAUACCGGACCAUAUGAAGAGUUUCCAGAGUCAGCGACCCUGGGAGGUGUCAUAUUACACUAACGUUGUUAUUGAGCCCCCAACUCCCGCCCAGAGUGACCCCGGAACUAGUUCUGGUACGAGGAGCACUAGUUCUAUAGACACGGACUGUCAGGCUAACAUCAACUACGGCAGACAGAUCGCGCUCGCUAAGGGACCACCUCCCAGCCUAGGUUCAGUUGGAUCUAACGGACUAUUGGAGGGUGACAGCAGUGCUGUGUCCACAGAGCACCCUCCUUCAAUCCCGCCCCAUGUCCCCACCUCAGCUCCUCCUUCUACUUCCACAUCUGCUUCUCUUCCUCCUCCUUAUGCUAACGUUUUCUUAUCUGAUGAGGGACAGGUUUCUUUCCUGGAGGAUGAGAAGACUGAAGAUGAGCUGAACUCGGUUGAUGAGGAUCAUGAUCUGCCUCCCUAUCCUGAAAUAAUGUUCACUUCUGAUCAGGGUGUGACGUCAGUUGAUCUGAAUAGAGAUCUAGAGGAGAUGAACACACUAGUAGGUGAGAUAUCUAGUUUAGUGUGGCAGAACGAGCCACUCCCUCCCCCUCCCUCGGACUACCUCACUCCCACUACCAUCCCUGACUUUGAGAAAACACCCACUAAUGAAGUAGCAUCCCCUAAUCUUUUCCUAGAUAAUACCGAGACUGAUGGCAACAGUUUUGACUACCCUAUUAACACCGUGAGUGAAGAGUGUUACGAGAAUUGUCAGUUACCUGAGCUGCCUCCCCGACAGCCGGCCCUGCCGCCCAGAGGUGACAACUCCCAGGAUAGCUCCACUUCAUCACGUGAAAUUAUCGUAGAGCAAGAGAUAGUUCCUGAUUCCAGGCCACAGUUACCACAUCGAAUUCCGUCGACGAACAGGGAUAAGUUGGGUCCGUCUGUGCCUCCUCGCGAUAAAGCGAUACAAUCACGUGAUUCUACUCUCCCAUCACGUGAUUCUACUCUCCCAUCACGUGAUUCUACUCUCCCAUCACGCGAUUCUACUCUUUCAUCGCGUGAUUCUACUCUACUAUCGCGUGAUGCCACUCUUCCAUCGCGUGAGGUUGUUCUUCAGUCGCGCGAGGUUGUUCUUCAAUCACGCGACCUCUCGCUGCCUCCAAGAACCAUUCCUCUGCCGCGUCGAGAUUCUUUAACCCAGCCCCGAACGAGCAGCUCUACUACGGCUAUCUGCCGCGGAGUUGGACACAGUCAAACCUUACCACCUCAUAUCCAGCCCCGAGCUCUGGGAGUACUACCCCCACAGAGAAUCCCGGGUCCUGUGCCCCGCCACUCCAUCUCAGAAAACGGAACCGGCCCUCCCAACCUCCCUCCCAGAAUCAAAGUAGACUCCUCUCCAAACAUGCGGAACGAGCCGUCCAGCCCCCACAUGCCGACUAGAGUUCCCCUACCUCCAUCCCGAUCCAACACCAUUCCCGUGUACUCAGCGGUCGAGCCGCAGAGAGGCUCCUUCCCGCGAGUUAUUCACCAGCGUGAGUUCUCGCCCUACGUGGUGCCCAGUGCGCCGCGCAUCGACAGGUGGGAGGAGUAUACUAACAGUUGUGUGGACAAGAAGUCACAGACUUUAAAGAAAAAGGUCAAAGUUAAAAUCCCCCAAAGGUGAUCCUAGGUUAGCAAGCUUAUUUGGUACUGAUUGUGAUUGCUACCACUGAGCAAGUUUCGGAGAUCCACUCCUCUCGUUGUGUGCUAACUAAUGACCUGUAACCAUGGUAACUGUAUAAUGUGAUGCCAAAUUUUAUAUAGUUUUAGGCACGAUGGUGUAAAAAUACACUGACUUGACUAAUUUUAGUGUAUUUGUUUUUGUCGGUUUAACGAUGACUGAUAAGAUUGCGCCAUUUUCACAGAGAAAUCAUCAGGGAACAAUGAAAAUGAGCCUCCAGUUAUCACGUGAACAAACAUCUGACAUUCAUAUAGGACCAAAUAGUGUUUAGGUUAUUAGGUAUUGCUCUCGAUCUCAGUCAAACUCUGUAAAAUUAUUACGAAGGAUGGACCAUCAAUUAGUGUUUGUUUAUUUGACCCGAUGAAUCUUCACGGGUUCCAGUUAGCUAUAAUAUUCGUGAUAAUAAUCGAAAACUUUUUGUUCCACGUUCGUGUCACAGUAUUACAUGCCUAAAGGUUCAAAAGUUUUAUUCGUUGGAUUGAUUAGUAAUAGUAUUGUAAAUGUAAUUAUUAAUUUUCGACAUUUCUUGUUUAAUAAUGAAUAAUCUAACUGUUAACAUUGCAGUUGGAUAUUAAUUAUUUAAAUCUUUUAUAUUAAUCA